AUGUCCGUAGAAGUAGGGCCCACGGAGCAGAAGAGCGAGCCGGAGGAGCAUGCGACGUGUAAGCACUCGGAGCACGAGACGUGUGGUCACGAGGAGAUGCCCUCAGAUUCGGAGCCUUCCGGCCCCCUUCUCCCUGUGACAGUUCUUAGCGGCUUCCUCGGCGCUGGGAAGACUACACUGCUGACGCACAUGCUUCAGAACCAGGAGGGGCUCCGCGUGGCAGUGAUUGUCAACGACAUGGCUGAGGUGAACAUCGAUGCCAUGCUUGUCAAGACUGGGACGGAGGUCCUGACUGGCAAGGACAAGAUGAUCGAAAUGCAGAACGGAUGCAUUUGCUGCACUCUGCGUGAAGACCUGAUUGAGAAUGUGACCCAGCUGGCUUCGGAAGCCCGUUUCGACUACUUGGUCAUUGAGAGCACUGGCAUCUCUGAGCCCAUGCCCGUGGCCACCACCUUCGUCAGCGAGCAUGAAGGCAGAAAGCUGCUGGGCAGCGUUGCCCGCUUGGACACCCUGGUGACGGUUGUGGACGCGGUGAACUUCCUAAAAGACUACGCCAUGGGGGAGAAGCUGACUGACCGACCUGCUCUGGGUGCCGAGGAGCCGGACUCGCGCACCAUCGCGCAACUCCUCGCCGAUCAAGUGGAGUGCGCCAACACCAUUGUACUGAACAAGGUGGACCUCAUCUCCGAGAGAGAAGUUGUGCAGAUGGAGGGGUUGCUGAAGCAGCUGAACCCCAAGGCCUGGAUCGUCCGCGCGACGUACGCGAAGGUGGACCUCAAGCUCCUGUUCAACACGGGUAGCUUCGACAUGGAAGAGGCCGAGGAGAUGCCGGGGUGGUAUCAAGAGUUGGACGGCGGCGAGCACGUGCCGGAGACUUUGGAGUAUGGCAUCUCCAGCAUCGUCUUCCGAGCAAAGAGGCCCUUUGAUCCCGAGCGGCUGGACGAAUUCUUCAGCACCUCCCUUGAUGGCAUCCUCCGUUCCAAGGGUUUGCUGUGGGUGGCGGGCCUUGCAUGCAGUUUGGUAUGGCAUCAAGCCGGCACCACCAUGGGCAUGUCUCCGGGCCCCGCCUGGCUCCACGGCUCCCUGGACCGCGCCGAGUGGCCUCCCGAUACCCCGGAGGAAUACAAGACGGCACCCUUCGGGGACAUGCGCCAGGAGCUGGUCUUCAUCGGGAAGAACUUCGACCCGGCAGAGCUCCGCAGAAAUCUGGAGCGGGCCCUGCUCACGGAUUCCGAGUUCGAGGAUCUGAAAGAGCUUGGGGCGCUCGAUGGGGCGGGCUAG